CGAGGCGCAGGCUAUGUCCCAGGUUCGGAAGAAGGGAAGUUGCUUAAAACACGGCGGUCGGUUCGAGUCGAAAGAGAACGUAAAAGUUGGGAUUCUUGUUGGAAGUUUCCUGCAGGCCGGCCUCGUAGACACGAGCAGGAAGAGCGGGAGCCGGACUGAUUGAAAUCUUCUGGUUUGUGUCCCAGCCUCUGUAAUCCAUCACAUGCAAACUGUAAACUCCAAGCAUGACGUUUCCAGCUCUGCAACCAUUUUGAUGUCAGCCUUGAGAGGUGUGGAUCAGAGUAACAACAUGACAAGGCCUACCGUACAGCAAGGUAGCACCUCCUCCCUGCUUUCUGCAGUCAGUGGCUGGAAUUUCAAGGGAAAGAAACGGAAGCAGAGAAAAAGAGAUGAAGAUUCACUGAGUCUAUGCAGCCUUGAUGGAAGCGAGCCCAGUAACAAACGGGUGAAACCACUUUCCCGAGUCACAUCUUUAGCAAAUCUCAUUCCUCCUGUGAAAGCCACACCUCUGAAACGAUUCAGCCAGACAUUACAGCGUUCCAUUAGCUUUCGAAGUGAUAGCCGACCUGAAAUUUUCACCCCAAGACCCUCUUCUAGACAUGGGCCCCCCGCUAUUGCAAAGCGUCGAGAUAGUAAACUCUGGAGUGAAACAUUUGACAUUCGUGUCAAUCAAAUGCUCACAGCUAAGGAAAUCAAAAGACAAGAGACAAUAUUUGAACUUUCCCAGGGAGAACAGCUUUUAAUUGAAGACUUGAAACUGGCAAAAAAGGCUUAUCAUGAUCCGAUGCUCAAACUCUCCAUCAUGACUGAGAAGGAGCUGAAUCAGAUAUUUGGAACACUAGAUUCCCUUAUUCCUUUGCAUGAAGAUCUUCUGAGUCGACUUCGAGAAGCCAGGAAACCAGAUGGAACGACGGAGCAUGUUGGUCACAUCCUUGUAGGCUGGCUCCCUUGCUUAAACUCAUACGAUAGCUACUGCAGCAACCAAGUGGCAGCUAAGGCCCUUCUAGAUCACAAGAAACAAGAUCAUCGAGUCCAUGACUUUCUACAACGCUGUUUAGAAUCACCUUUUAGUCGCAAGCUGGACCUCUGGAAUUUUCUGGAUAUUCCACGUAGCCGACUGGUGAAGUACCCUCUACUCUUAAAAGAAAUUCUCAGGCAUACUCCGAAUGACCACCCAGAUAAGCAGCACUUGGAAGAAGCAAUUAACAUUGUUCAAGGGAUUGUAGCUGAAAUCAACAAGAAGACGGGGGAAUCAGAAUGUCAGUAUUAUAAGGAAAGACUAGUCUUUCUUGAGGAGAGUCAAAAGGACCCUCUGAUCGAAAAUUCUAAAGUGCUCUGCUGUCAUGGAGACUUGAAGAACAACAGAGGAGCAAAGCUCCAUGUUUUCCUGUUUCAAGAGGUGCUUGUAAUUACCAGAGCGGUGACAUGCAGUGAGCAGCUGUGCUACCAGCUGUAUAGGCAGCCCAUCCCUGUCGGGGAUCUGGUGUUGGAUGACCUGCAGGAUGGGGAGGUUCGGUUAGGGGGAUCUAUUAGAGGCGCCUUCAGUAAUAACGAGAGAACAAAAAAUUUCUUCAGAGUCAGCUUUGUAGAUCCUUCUGAAGGGCAGUCCCACUCACUCCAGGCAAAUGAUGCCUUCAAUAAACAGCAGUGGUUGAACUGCAUCAGACAGGCCAAAGAAGUUGUGCAGCAUUCUUUAGGUGAAAAAGGAAUGCUAGGCUGUGGAAGGCACAUGCAUCUGACUCCAAAUGGGAUCAGGAUGUCCCAUGAAGAACCAAAGCUUGAAAGAAUGGACCAAUCAGACAAUGAAUCUGACUGUAGUAUGGAUACCAGCGAGAUUAGUGGUGACUAUGAACAGAUGGAAGAAACAGACUGUUGUGUAAAUCAAAAAAGAAUAGAGACCGAUGUUUGAUAUCAUCAAUACAUUGCGUAGAAGUCCACGGCAUUUUACCUGUACAGUAUUUGCAUUCCAUAAGGAGCAUUUUGGAAAAGCACUUUUAUUCCAUGCAAUGGUGUCCUUGGUCCCUUCAUGUAUACUUGACAAAUACUGCCAAACAUGUCUGUAAGCUGGAAUUUGUCGUCUUUGCUGUUUCUGGUUUAAUGUGUUCUCUCUGACAUCAUAUUCAUGGAUGAAAUAUUUGAUUAACAUCUGCAUAGUCUUGCUGGACCUACUCAACUGCUGUUAGCGUUUGGGCCAAUUCCAUAUGGAUUGAUGUACAUGGAACCAGCAAGUUAGCAGUUCAGGUGAUUAUACAGAACAUUAGGCAACAAUUUACAGGAUUGGAGCAAAACUGAACAAAGUACUCAAAACAUUUAUAGAAAUUAAGUAAAAACAUCACAUUUUUCGCUCUAUGGACUCAAGAUCAAUGGUUAUUAUAAUUUAAUGGAAUUUGGUUAGGGUAAUUUCUUCAGGAGGAAGCUGCCUAGUAAUCACUCUACACUGACUGGAUAGUUUCCAUCACUUUCAAUAACACAGAUGUACUUGUACAUUUGCCAAAUCAUGGAUAUGUUGCCUAAUUUGUUUGUAAUUCUAUUGGAUGGGUUUAAGGCAGAUUAUUUGUCUCAUUUUCUUUUGUACAUAGUGUGUGAUACAUCUGUACAGUGUAUGAGGAAUCAGAAUGACAAGCUUAAGCAGUAAGAAAAAAUGGUCAAACCAAAGCAUAUACCUUUAUUAUUUUGAAAAAAGUAACAUGUUUAAUUUUAUCUAGUUGAAUUUUUUCUGUAUUUAUAGUUUUUACAAAAGUUGCAAAACUUCUAUUUGCCCACUUGUGAUUUAUUUUAAAUGCUUCAUUUCAAAGAAAAUGAAUUCUGCAGGUAUCUGUCCAUUGGCGAGAGAAAUAGAUGAAAAACAGUUCUUAAAACAAAAAUGAUUAUUGCAAUGUUUAAGUCUAUGUAAUGUAAUUACAUAUAUAACCAACAGGAGGAACUUAAUUCUGGAAGUAAUACUAUUCAUUUGAAAAGCUCCUAUCUCAGAAAUAGCAGGAAGUUAGAAAAUGGCAGUUGAAGGAAUAAAAUCAGACACAGAAAUUUUGCAAAAGGAGUGGUUUCUCAGUUUUAUUCUAAUCCAGUUCUAUACACGCACAAAUGUUAAUAAAAAAAAUCCAAAUUUAUUGUGCAUUGAAGGAAAAUUAAACCCUAAUGACAAUUUGAAUAUGAACAUUGUGAUGAGACAUUGAAGAAUGUUACUGGUAUGCAGCAGAUAGAGUUGCAAUCAAACAAAUGUAGAUUUUCAUAAUGUGGGAGGCUUUAAGUUUUCAUGAAGAAUUCACAAAUAAAUUAUGCAAUAAACAAGA